AUGACGCGCGGGCCGCGGCUCUAUAAAAGGCGGGGAGCGAGAAGCGCUGGGAUGCUCGGAGCGGUGCCCAUGGGGCUGCCCGGAGCCAUGCGGGGCCUGAUCCUGAUCGUGCUCCUGCUCCUGGUCGCGCUGGGGGAGGCGGACGAGGCACCAAAAGUGGAUGUGUACUCCCGCAAUUUUGUCACUAUGGGAAAGGAAAACACCCUCAACUGCUUUGUGAGCGGUUUCCACCCUCCGAAGAUUGAGAUCUCCCUCCUCAAGAAUGGGGAGCCCAUGAACAACGUGAAGUACACAGACUUGUCCUUCGAUGACAAGUGGCACUUCCAGCGCCUGGCAUACGCGCCUUUCACCCCCCAGAAGGGUGACAUCUACGUUUGCAGGGUGGCCCAUUCUACCUUCAAGGAGCCGCAGGAUUUCCAGUGGGAUGCAGACUUCUAAGCUAUGCCUGGAAUAACUGCGGUCUGAAAAGUUCCGCAUUGCAAGUCCAGAUCUUCUCGGAACUUCUGUCCUUUCUGCACAUCUCACUUGUGCAUCUGAUGGAAAGCAGCUAUCAACUUCAUUGCAGAAGAGUUUUCUUU